UCUAAAAUGACUUACUUGUUAAAGGGAGACAUUCUGAACUGAUUUAUAAAUAAAUUAGCUGAUGUCUUGUGAACAUUAACAGACUUCGUUAGUUAAGAGAUUUACCUCAGAAAGGCGAGCUUUUUAUUCAGCUCGCGCGACCGGCGCACAAUCUCUGAUCUAUACAUCAUCGAUACCGGAAGUGAUAAAGCGGUUUCGGUAUAUACAUCGAUGACGUUUUCAGAAUUCCAUUCGGUUUUGUUGCUUAUUGUCGCUGUGAGGAAUGCCGAGCGGUGUGGAGUACGGAGAGUUGGGGGAGAGUCUGCCUGCCAUCUCCACUCUCAACUCCUUCUCACAGGCAUCUCUGUCACACUCAAGUCAUUACCUCCCUCUGCCCCCUACUGAGAGGAGAAGCAUCUCAGACGUCCGUCGCACCUUUUGCCUCUUUGUGACCUUUGACCUCCUCUUUGUGUCUCUACUAUGGAUCAUCGAGCUGAAUAUCAAUAAGAGCAUUUGGCUGAAUCUGGAGAAGGAAGUCGUUCGCUACGAUUUCAGAUCCUCCUUCUUCGAUAUAUUUCUGUUGGGGGUUUUCAGGUUUUUGUGUUUACAGAUUGCUUAUGCUGCUUUCAAACUGAGACACUGGUGGGUCAUUGCGAUCACAACUCUGGUGACGAGCGCCUUCCUUAUUGUUAAAGUCAUUCUUUCAGAUUUAUUUACAGAGAAUGCUUUUGGUUAUGUUCUCCCCAUCACCUCCUUCAUCAUGGCCUGGUUGGAAACCUGGUUCCUCGACUUCAAGGUGCUCACUCAGGAAGCGGAGGAUGAGAGAGCAUACCUGGCGGCAGUGAACGCAGCGUGCGAAAGCGGUCGUCUAUUUUACCCCCGCGCCGUCUCAGAUGGACAGUUUUACUCCCCACCAGAGUCACUUGCAGGUUCUGAUGAAGAUCUUGAUGAAGAAGGUCUGGGCAGAAAAGCAGUGACUGCACAGGAGAAGGAGUAUGUACAACAGGGUCGUGAGGCGAUGACAAUAGUGGAGCAGAUCCUCACACAGGAGGAAAACUGGAAAUUUGAGAAGAAUAAUGAUAUUGGUGACUGUGUUUAUACACUGGAAAUUCCUUAUCAUGGAAAAACCUUCAUUCUAAAGGCUUUACUGCAGUGUCCAGCUGAGUUGGUUUAUCAGGAAGUAAUUCUGCAGCCGGAGAAGAUGGUCCAGUGGAACAGAACGAUCUCAGCGUGUCAGAUAUUACAGAGGGUGGAUGAUAACACGAGUGUGUCGUAUGAUGUGUCUUCAGGAGCAGCAGGAGGAGUCGUGUCCUCCAGGGACUUUGUGAAUGUACGCAGAGUGGAGAGGAAGCGAGAUUGUUAUCUGUCUGCUGGAAUGUCCACUGUUCAUUGCUCUAAACCCCCUCACCAUCGCUACGUCCGAGGUGAAAACGGUCCUGGUGGGUUUGUGGUGUUGAAGUCCAGCUCUAAUCCCUCAGUCUGUACCUUCAUCUGGGUUCUGAACACUGACCUCAAGGGUCGACUUCCUCGUUAUCUGAUCCAUCAGUCUCUGGCUGCCACCAUGUUUGAGUUCAUGUCUCACCUCCGACAGCGCAUCGCUUCUCUCCGCUAAACCAGACCAGGAGGCAUGACACACACACACACACACACACGUUACUUUUCAUACUUUUCUGUCUCUCUCUCUCUCUCUGACUUUAAUGAGGAAGGAAGAAACUGUGAAGACUGCAUACAAACAUGAAGGAACGUUUCUCACCAUCUUAUUUUCUCUGGUUGAAUAAAUCUGAUUCCUGCAGUGUGUGUGUGUGUGUGUGUGUGUGUGUGUGUGUAUACGUGCACACAGGAAGAGUCCUGCUGCGAGAGAUUGUGUUUUAUUAUUAUUAUUAUUAUUAUUAUUAUGUAAUCUACAGUAGACUACUGACAGUUAUAUAGUAGUAAAAUAAAAGUAAAAUAAAGGCUGUUUACAUAUUUUACUUUUACUAAUUUCCCUCAGAAUUUGCAAAAUAAAAACUGCAGAGUUAUUACAAUUUAUUUAAAAGUUAUUAAUAAUUAAUUAAUUAUUUGUAAGGUUUUAUUUUCACAUCUUUUUUGAAGAACUUAAAAAUAUGAAACAAUUAACACUAAUAAUAAUAAUAAUAAUAAUAAUAAUAAUAAUAAUAAUAUGAUGUUUAUACUUUUUAAUUUUUCUUUUCUUUUUUCUGUCCUGUUUUAUUCCUUAUUCACCUGUUAGUCUUUAAAUCAGUUCUACAUUAACACACCGUACUGUGACCGCAGCUCCAGUUACAUGGAGAUUUUGGAGAUUUUAUUCCUUUUGUUUAUUUGAUAUGUUCUGAAUGACAUCGUGAUCUCCAGCUCAUCCUCAGUGACAGAAACAUGCACUUUCUUACUUUUACUCUAAUAAACUCUGUUUGUGGAAGAUUCUGGAAUGAGAAAUGUCUCGUCAGUAAUUAUAUGUAAUAGGACUCGGCCCUUAACUGAACUACACAGGACUUAAACAAUUACAGUGCCUUAAUCAUUCCAUGUUAAACAGUCACCAUUUUUAAUUGAUGAACAGAGAAGCUUCAUCUCUGACUGCACGACCGAUCUGACUCUCAUCAUACCUCAGAUCAAUUAAGGCCACUAGGAGGUGUUUCUGCUACAGCAGGUUAUCACACACUGAUCCCGGCCUUCUGCCAAGUGUUAUGGCUUCAAUGCAUUCUGAUUGGCUGAGAGCAGCAAGGAAGAAAAGAUGUACAGAGUAACGGACCAGGAGACGAUGGAGCAUCAGUGUGAGGAGUGACAACUGUGUUAACGUUGGAGCUUCAGUUCAUCAGAUGAGGAAUCUGCUGUAUGUUUGAUGAUGAUCCUGUGUGUUUAUCACACAGUAAUGAAACAGGACGUCCGGCUCGAUUCAGCUUCAUUACUGAGAAUCAGAUCAAUGUUUUAUAGCUCAGAAAAUAAAAUAAAAGCAGCUCCUGCUGUAAAUCUCCUCUUCACAAUAAACUGAAACAUUGAUGUGUUUCCUUGCAGGAUUGUGAUCUACAUCAUGUAUAACAAUGCACCCUGUGGGGGUGGGGGGGUUGUGUUUCGUAUUUUGUAUAUUGUGUGCCUUUUCAUGCUGAAAUCUCACACACACACACACAUUCAGCACAUUUGUUCUUUUUUAUGCUCUAACGUUUACUCACGUUACACCUUUUACUUUGAUUUGAUUUGAACCCAAUGUUUAUGCUUUCUGGUGUGUUUACUGUAUUCUUUCGGACUGUAGAUGAUGAGACCAGGACCUGAAACUGUAAUAUAUGAAGUAUUAUCUGAACGAGCUCUUGGACUGAACUGUACUGCUAAUAAAACUAACAUGGUAAAAACUC